UUCUCUCUUCCCAUAAGCUACCUGGGUUAUUUUCCCCAAGAAGUACUAGCUACAGAUUCAAAAUCGGCCAGAAGUUAAAAUGAUUAAAGAUCAUUUUCACUUCAAAGGUUAACAUUCCUCUUUUGGACAUUUAAAGGCACGAAUAAGUCCUUACGGGUUCGCAGUAAGCCUUUUCUUUAAAAACGAGUUCUGGAAUAUAGCAAGACUGACGUGGUCCUUUCAACACAUCUGACACAGAAAUCUCUGUGAGUUGUAAUAUUUCUUACCGUUGAAAGUAAUUUUGCCUUUUCAUGUCUGCAUACUUGGCCUGUUUAAAAUUACUUUAUGCAGUCGUAUAACACGAAAUUUUAUUUGAGACUUAGCCUGAAUAUUCCCUCUAACCAAAAUUCGGAAAGCAUUUUGCAGUGCGCACAGGAGGAGACUUUCACUAAAAUGAGGAAUCUGGAAUGUAUGAAUAAACCAGUAUGUGAUAAAAGGGAAAUGAAAAGGACUUAAAUGGGCUUCCCACUGGUGGGAUUACCUCAUGUCAGCCAAUUCUGCCCCAGAUUAAGAGUCUGCACACAUAAAUAAAAUCCCCACAGAAAAUGUGAAUACCAUGUACAGCUGCUGCUAGCACACAAAAUACUGCUUUACUAGGCUAUAAAAAUAUAUCCUUCACUUUGGAAUUUUAGUCCAGCCAUCGCCUUUCGUAGCUUAGAGUAGAUUUCAUUAAAGUCGUUCUGCCACACUUCUUACAGUUUUAGAAAUGUAUCAGUAACUCACAACAGCAUGUGGUCAGGUAUUGUCCAUUUAAAAGUCAGCUCAUUUUCUUGUGGCCUGUGAGUUCUUCAGUUGCUUUCAAGGAGCGCAAUGAGGAAGCAUAAGGUGACAUCAUACAGGCCUCAGAUGGACCGUCACAGACGCUCACGUCUCUUUUCAAUAUGGAGAUCCACGUGCGGGUUAAAUAACGCGCGCCAGUUUUCCGAGCGCAUCCCCAUACGGUUGACCCUUGAAGAACACGGGCUUAAACUGUGCAGACUAAAUUCUAUGUGGAUUUUUUCCCCCAAUAAAUACAGCCCAGUACCAUAAAUGUAUUUUCCUUCUGAUUUUCUUCAUAACGUUUUCUUUUCUGUAGCUUACUUUAUUGUAAGAAGACAGGAUAUAACAGGCGUGCCUGGGUGGCUCAGUUGUUAAGCGUUGGCCUUUUGGUUUCGGCUCAGGUCAUGAUCUCACAGUUUGGGAGUUUGAGCUCCACGCCCAGCUCUGCACUGACAGCAUGGAGUCUGCUAGGAAUUCUUUCUCUCCCUCUCUCCCUUCCCUCCCCUACUCCUGUACUCACUCUCUCUCUCUUUCUCUCUCUCUAAAUAAAUAAACAUGAAAAAAUUAAAAAUAAUACAGUAUAUAACAUACAGCAUACAGAAUAUGUGUUAAUCGACUGCAUAUGUUAUUGGCAAGGCUCUCGGUCAGCAGUGGGCUAACUUUCAGUUAAGUUUGGGGGGGGUCAAAAGUUCUUUUUUUUAAAUUUUUAUUUUUGAAAGAGAGAGAGAGAGAGAGAGAGAGACAAGGGGAGGGGCAGAGAGAGAGGGAGACACAGAAUCCCAAGCAAGAUCCAGGCUCCGAGCUGUCAGCACAGAGCCUGACGUGGGGCUCGAACUCACAGACCGUGAGAUCAUGACCUGAGCCGAAGUCGGAUGCUUAACUGCUUAACAGACUGAGCCACUUCGGUGCCCCGGGAGUCAAAAGUUCUACUCAGAUGUUCGAUUGUGUAGGGGGUCAGUGCCCCAAGCCCUACCUGUUCACGGGUCGACGGUACAUUCUCUCACGUAAUCAUGACCUCCCCUUCGUAUUCUCUUUGAUUUCAUUUUGACCAGGAAAUGGUUGUUUUGCCUUCAGAGCUACAUUUCAAGGGUCUGGAGCCCACGGUGUCUCCAUUUUCUCAUGCUGAUGGGGAUAGUAACAGUAUCUCCCUGCAGGCUUUGAGAGCGCUGAAUGAGUUUAAUGCCGCAGAGCACUUAGCAUCAUGCCCACCCUGGCGUGCCAGGUCAGUAAGGGUCCCGAGUCUUAGGCUAUUCUGUAUAUCAUCCCAGUAGGUCUGGUAGAAAAUGGGUAGUUGCCAGUGGAGGUGUCGGGCUGUUUUCCCGUUCAUUGGCUUUGUUCCCAUUUUGUCCUCCAUGAUGAUGACCCCUGAAGGACAGCUUCACUCACGUAGCAGGGGUGCAUGAAUGUGUCAGCCAGACAACAGACAGGGGGAUUGGUUCCUCAUAAAGCCUCCAUGUAAUUCUGAGCCACAGCUGUGAAUUGGGCAGCACGUUCCCUGCAGGUUUAAUACCCUGAUCCUUUGUCAUCUAAUGCCUUAUCUUUUGACCUUGGCCAUUUAGGAGGUGACCCUUCUUACCUGGACUCCCACUGACAUUGGCCACAGUUAGACUACAGAAAUCAGCUCCUGUUUUUCCCAUUCCAUCGUAUCUCUGACAAAUCUUUAACAUUUUCUUCCUGUUUCUUCCUGCAAGCAAAUGUUUACGUUCUAUAUCCCUGCUUCACAUUGUAGGAAAGACAAGAAGACAUUAGUAGAAGUCUCAUGGUAAGGAAGGAGUGGUAACCAUUCCCCUAUAUGCCCCCUAGAAAGAAAAGAGAGUUGCUGAGAAUGGACCAGAAUCUUAAGAAUGAGGGAGGACAGAAGUGAUCUCGUUGCUUGUCUGCUUGCCUGCCCGCUUCAUUCCCUCGUUCACCCAGUAUUUAUAGUUUGUUGUUCCGAGCCAGGCCCUGUGCUAGGAACGUAUCUCAGGUGUUGCCCCUCAAGUCGAUAAUCCUUUAGAAGACAAGGCUCUUAAGCAGGAAAAGGGUAAUUGGCAAUAGAGAAAUACUGAGAGAGAUGACAAUCGUUGAAGGGGCUUAGGUGAAUUCAGUGCUGGUUGGCAGAGAAAGUUGGUCUCGGCACUUCCAUGUGAUUAUGGUCCAUGUGGGGUUGAGUGUGAGAAACAUGGGGUUGCAUGUUAUCAAGGGCUUUGGCGAUUCUCUGGCCAACUCCUCUAUAGCCAAGAAAUGCAUAUGUUCAGGGGAAAAGGGCAGAUUGAUAUUGUGCCAUGAGCCCACAGACACAAUUCCAUUCAUGAUUUUCUCCUGGAUGUUUAGGCCAAAUCUAAGCCUUGAGAUUUCAAAAGGGCCUAUUACUUUCAUCUUUAUUUGUCAUUAAUUGUUUGGGUGACUGUAGAAGUAAUUCAUGUUUACUGUGUAUCUAUUGGACGAUAGAGGAGGAAAAACUUGAUCAGUUAUGUCUGAGUAGCGAGAUAAUUAAUGUUUUGGAGUAUUUACUGUCUUUCCAAUGAAGUGGGGCGUGUACCUCUAAUACAUCAUGAAAAUUUUUCCGAAUUACCAACUGCGUUUCAAACCUGGUUUUCUUGGGUAAUUUACUUACUCACUGUUUCUGUAUGUUCUAGGCUGCUUCCAGUUUUAUGCGUUUAUAAACAAACUGUGGUAAACAUAGUUGAACUCGUUCAAAGUAAUCUCCUUUAGUAACACCCUUAUCCUGUCCAUCUCCAAUAAGGUGGGAACUUUGGGAAGGGAAGGAAGAAUCAUAGAGUAAUACAUUGCUUGCUUUUUUCCAUAAUACCCCGGCGCCACCAGCCACACUGACUUAUAUAUAUUUGCCCAAGGGUCUCAGAUAUGCCCUGUUUACUCAUGUCUGGGGUUAGUGCUGGAUUUGAGGGACAUCUGUGGAACCAAAACCAGACCAAGGAAUCAUACGAAAUUUGUAAGAAGCAACCAGAAACUGGCUUGACUCCUCCCCCAGGGGUCAGACUGGCCCCUUUACUAAUGAAAUCAAGAUAGAGGCCUGGGAGACCCUAGGACAAUUCAGGACAUAUUUACAACAAUGGCCCCUGUUAUUUUGUAUCCAGGCCUAUCAGAAAUGUGGGAGUUGUCCAGGGGAGAGGGAGUGAAUGUGUAUUUCUAGUCUGGCACUGUCACACCAUAAGCCAUGUGACCUUGAGAGAGUAGUCAAACAUUUUACAAAAUGAAGAUUUGUGAUCAGGAAGGCCCCUUCACCUCCAGUUUUCCCAGAGUCCAAGGCUUUGGAUUUACCAAGGCCUGAUUCACUUGACCGAGUGAUUUUGCUUUGGGAUGUCAGCAUCUCAGUGGCCCAUUCAUAGAUCCUUUCUUGGUCAUCCACGACUCACAGAUCAUGACGUGGUAUGCCCAUGACCAUGACAGUGACCUCCCUCCUGCCCUCCCAUUUCACACAUUUAUGCCCCUUCCACUGAAGCAUUUUCUUUCGUCCCCAUCUAGAACAAAUUUAAGCAUUUGCUGUGUUUCUUUUUAAUUUCAAGAUUAAAACUUCAAAGACGUCCAAGAAAAUCCUUCCUUUAAACAUUACUUCUGAGUAUUGAAGACAGUGGUGCUUCAAAAAUGGAAAAGAUCAGUUUUUCUGAGUGGACACAGCGGCAGAGAAUUUUGUGCAUCUUGUGAGUCUCCUUCCUUUGUGCUGAGCUGGUGGUUAAGUGCUGUUGUUGGAAAGGGAAGACAGCACCAUCUCUGUUUUAAGUCAAGACGUCUUCCCCCUGAAAUUUAAGAAAAUUACAACCACAACUUAACGUUUUCUCUGCAGAGAAGUAAAAUAGCUACCCUAUGGAAUGAUGUGGGGAGAUGUUUGUCUAUCUUGUAGCUCUUCUGUGUGAAUGAGCCAGGCAAAAAUAAUAACAUUAGUAUUAGUGGUUAUUAUUUCUAAUUAGUGGAGAGUAAAUAAAAAAAAAAAACUGCGUGCUUUUUGCUGAUGUAAAAAUGGAGAUUUCUUCAGUCUUUUUGGUCUCAUGAGGAUGAGAUAAUUAUUUGGAAAUUAAAUUGCAUAUUCAUAAUUUCAUAAAGAAUGCUCUGCUUUUUCUUUUCAACAAUGAAGGCAUAUAUAAGUCUGUUUGUUUUUUUCCAUAAGUGAUGGGUGAGGCAUGUAUUUCUGGUAAGAUUCCGUUACCAACGUAAAGAGAACAUCCAAAUCCUUUUUAUUCUCAAUUGGAAUUUCAUUUUAAAAAUUUAAACUAGAGUUAUUCCUUAGUAAUAAUUCAAAAGAAACAUUUAGAUACAGUUAGGGUAGUUCUAAUUGAGUAUUUUCUAACAAGAGUAGUUUUCAGGAAUAUAAACGGUCAUGAGCAGGUGAUACCGUGUCUUAUAAGCUAAGUUCUUUAUAAAGAUUAUUUGUAAAACAUAAAUAUUAUUUCAUCUUAUCUAAGUAUUCACUUCCAGAAUCAGUUGGCUUGCCCAAUUUCCUCCCUUCCCCUACCCCUUCCCACACUUCUGUUUUCCUAUUUUUUUUUUCCCAGUUAGCCAUGACCUCCACAGCUACGUAUGUUGUUCCUUGCCGGGUUUUUUUCAACUGCCCUGUUUGCCAUAUUUCUCCCCAACUUUAUAAGAGAUGUAGUAACCAGAAGCAUAGAGAGAAUGCCAUAUGCCACCACUGACCCACGGAGUCACCAGUGCCAGGGUACCUUCUGUUGACGUACCUUGAUUAAUUUGGCGUAUAAUUCUUCCUUUUCAAGUUAGGUUUGUCUGUGGUUUAGAGAUCAGGUUAAGUCAAUCUGAUUUGAAAUCAGGGUAUAAAAUCAAUGAAAAUCAUUUUAGAGUGUGAGCUCUAGCCUUUAGCAGAGAUUAUCCCAUCAUUUCAUACGGUCAUUCAGCACACAUUCUCUGGGGGCCUGCUCUGCACCAGGUAUGGUGUUUAGUACUAAGUAUACAAAGAUGGACAUACUCAGGGUCCCUGCCUCCCACUGGGUGUGGGGGACAAAUCAUGGUCUUCGGCCCACCUUCCCAAGAUUCUGUGGCUCUAUCCCUAACCAAGUACCCAUGAGCAAGUUACUUCUCUGGCCCUCUGCUUCCUCAUCUUGUAAAUGACGUCGCUUUCGUAGGUUCUCUUUAACGCUCCUUUUAGCUGUAAAAUUGUCAGUCUCUAAUUAUUACUGUGUGGCUCACCAUCUACAUGUUGCAAAAAUAAACCGGGGACUUCAGGGUUUCUGGUCCUGCAUAUAAGAAGUUUGGAAGUCACUCCUUUUUCCCAACAGCAAGAAAGAAGCCGAACAGACUGAAAAAUCGGCAACUCUUCUUGGAUCCGUAAGAGAGGGGAGGACCCAGGGCAAGCCACUGCUCCUAGGGUUGGAGACAUGGACAGGCCAGUACAGGGAAUUGGGACUCAUGGGAGUAGAGACUCACAGGCAACUCAAGGGAGCAAAGAUAGUCUCUGCCACCAAGGCUGCCAGAACAACUGGACGGCCCCAUGGGAAAAAUAUAAUAAUAAUAAUAAUAAUCUAGAUACAGACCUUACACCCUUCACAAAAACUAGUUCAAAAUGGAUCAUAGACCUAAAUGUAAAACACAAAACUAUAAAACAGCUAGAUGAUAACAUAGGAGAACACCCAGAUGACCUUGGGAAUGGCGACGCCUUUUUAGAUCCAACACCAAAGGCAUGACCCAUGAAGGAAAGAAUGGAUAAGCUGGAUUUUGCUAAAAUUAUAAAACCCCUACAAAAGACAAUUUCAAGAGAAUUAGAAAGGCCGCAGACUAGGAAAAAUAUUUGCAAAAGACACAUCUGAUAGAGGGCUGUUACCCAAAAUAUACAAAGGAUUCUUAAAACUCAACAAUGAGAAAACAAACAACCGAGUAAAAUAUCUCAGCAGACACCUCACCAAAGAAGAUACACAGAUGGCAAAUAAGUAAAUGAAAAGAUGCUCCACGUCAUGUGGCCUCAGGGAAAUGCAAGUUAAACAAUACGAUACCACUAUGUGCCUAUUAGAAUGGCAAAAAUCCCAAACACGGACACCACCAAGUGCUGGCAAGAGUUUGAAGCAACAUCAACUUUCAUCCGUUGGUGGUGGGAAUGCAAAAUGGUACAGUUACUUUCCAAGACCGUUUGGCACUUUCUUACAAAACUAAACUUACUAUACGAUGCAGCCAUCAUGCUCCUUGGUAUUUAUUUACCCAGUGGAAUUGAAAAUGUCUGUCUACACAAAAACCUGCACCUGGAUGUUUAUAGCAGCUUUGUUCAUAGUUGCCCAAACUGGGAAGCAUCCAUUCCGUGGGUGAAUGGGUAACCAAACUGUGGUGCAUCCAGACAAUGGAAUAUUAUUCCUCACCGAAGAGGCAUCAGCUCUCGAGCCUUGAAAAGACACGAAGGAUCCUUCGAUGCAUAUUACCAAGUGAAAGAAGCCAACCUGAAAGGCUCCAUACUGUUUGACUCCCAACUAUCUGACAUUCUAGGAAAGGCAACACGAGGGAGAUGGAAAAAGAUCCGUAGUUGCCGGGAGAGGAGGAGGGAAGUGAAUAAGGCAGAGCAUUGAAGAUUUUCAGGGUAGUGAAAAUCCUCUGUGUGAUAUUCCGAUGCGAGAUGUCAUUACACAUUUGUCCAAACCCAUAGAAUGUUGCGAACCUUAAGGUAAACCACGGACUGUGGGUAAUGACGAUGAAUCAAAGCAGGCUCAUCCUUGGUAAAAAUGUCCCCCUCUGGUGAGUGCUGUCGCUCAUGGCGGACGCCACGCAUGAUGUAGAGGCGGGGGACAAUGUGGGAAAUCUCUGUCCCUUCCCCUCAGUUUUGUAGUAAAGCUGCUUUUUAAAAAUUAAUUCCCUUUCAAAAGUAACGAUGAAAUAACAAGGGGGCAGUCCACGAGGUAAUGCUUAAGAGCUUCUGUCUCAAAUUAAAAUUUCUGAACCUCCAGUAAUAUCUGCCUCUUCUUUUCCUGCAAUUUCGCUCAUGUGUUGUUCAUAAAUCUGGACUCUUAACGAUGGGGUUUUGGCUCCCUGUUAGGUGAAAUAUUUCAUUUAACUUAGCCAAAGCCGGACUCCAAGCAGCCUGGGAAUUGUUAGGCGGCUUCCCCUUUUCCCAGUACCUCAAGAGCCUCUGUACAGUUCCUUUUUGUUUAUUUUUAGGGAGAGGAGGAGUUGUUUUUGACUCCCCCGGUGAUGGUUAGGUGGCAGUAUUGUCUAUUUAGCUGAAGCAUAAGUUGUGAUUCGGCCCCCACUUUGAAGUGGAAACAUCAAGAAUGGCCCAUCAGCGGAGUCCAGCCUGUUUGAGCAUCCACAGGCCUGAUUUCUGCUUGUAAUCUGAUUACGGGGUUUGAGCUGUUCCAGCCUGCAGCCUCCUACUUUGCGUUGACUAUACUUUUCAAGGACACGAGUGCCUGAUUGCUGUAGCCCUGUGCUGUGAAGAAUCUCAACCCAGUUUUGCUUAGACGGGCUGAAGGCCGUGGCUGGUUGAGAAUUAAGCUGGAGAGCAGGCUCUGUUACUAAACUUUCUAUGUGCAACCAUGUUCAGAAGCCCAGAGAUUGCCAGCUAUCUGGGAAUUUUCCAGUUCUCUGAGAGACAAGAUUUCAACCAGAAAAACUUAAGCUUCCUUGGAUUACCAAGUCAAAGAAAAGUUCCAAGCUUUCAGAAAGAGUUCUUGCUUGAAGAUAAAGAACAGCGCACUAACUACAAAGGAGGAAUCAAUGCUAAGCUUUUAACUGCACUUCCCAAAGUUGCAGAAUUAAGAAAAAUCUUUGAGCCAAAGAGGAAAGAACUUUUAGAAAUGAAAAGAAAAGAAAGAAUCGCCAGGCGCCUAGAAGGAAUUGAAACGGACACCCAGCCCAUCCUCUUGCAGAGCUGCACGGGGUUAGUGACCCAUCGCCUGCUGGAGGAAGACACGCCCAGAUACAUGCGAGCCACAGACCCGGCCAGCCCCCACACCGGCCGGUCCAAUGAAGAGGAAGACACUUCGGACUCCUCGGUGGAAAAGCAGACCCGCUCCAAACUCUACCCAGAAACGCCGGGCGUCCAUGCUGACGCCUCCUGUGGUUCGGCUCUCAUGGACGCCCCGGCUCUUGAGUCCAAAGCGGAGAGAAUCGCGCGGUACAAAGCGGAGAGGAGGCGGCAGCUGGCCGAGAAGUACGGGCUAGCGCUGGAUUCCCAAGCCGACUCGGAAUCGCUGUCUCGAUACACCAAGUCCCGCAAGGACGCUGAUGCUGCCGACAGAAGGGGAGGGAAAGGCGACAGGCAGGCCGAGCCGGGCAAAGAUUCGAGCUCCCUGUACUCCAGGCCCUGCGUGGCCGAGUCCAAGGACUAUGCCCUCCACGGGAGUGACGGUCUUUCCGACACCGAGGUGCUGCUCAACGUGGAAAACCAAAGACGGGGGCAGGAGCCCAGCGCCCCCGCGCAGGCCCGCGACCUGGCCCCCACGGUUGACGGUUCCUCAUCCUUCCAGUUCUCCGGGCGAGACUGCACCGCCUUCAGUGACGUGCCAAGGUCCCCAAAGCAAAUGCACGCCGUGCCACCCGCCUCCCCGAGCCACUCUGCCGGUGACCCUCCACUCCCCGCGGAGGCGCGAGCCAGUACCGGGAAACCCAAAUAUGAGUGGUUUCUCCAGAAAGAUUCCGAAGGGGACACACCUUCUCUUAUCAACUGGCCUUCCAGAGUUAAGGUUAGAGAAAAAUUGGUGAAAGAGGAGAGUGCUCGCAACAGCCCUGAACUCGCCUCAGAGCCCCUGACUCAGAGGAGACAGCAGCCAGUGCCUGUCCAGUGCUUGUCUUUUCAGUCAGAAAAUUCGGCCUUUGAUAGGGUCUCGAGCAGGGCAGCCGGCUCCGCACGACAGCCCAUCCGCGGCUACGUCCAGCCGGCAGACCCGGUUCACACGGCCACGCUGGUGACCUCAGAGAUCCCAGAAAAUGUAUCUGAAUGCAGCUGGGGAGCGUCAGCCACCCAGAGUGUCAAGAAGCCUCCCAGCUUGAAGGUUCUAGAAAGUGAGAGGAGGGAGACUCCAGUUCUUCAUAUUUGUGAAUCAAAAGCAGAGGAGGAUGUGCUCUUCACCGAAGCCCUCGAGGAAAGCAGGGACACGCUUUUGGCUCUGGAGGAUCACGGGCUUGCCAGAAGCCGGGAAGAACCCUCUGGAAGCGACGACUUCGGCAAGCCCGUGGUUAGCACUGCCACCUUCGAACUUCGGAAGGAACCGGAAAGUCCGUCACACCCACCUCACACUCAGCAACAACCCACUGAGAGGAUGGGCAGACAGGAAGUGGUCCUGUAUGUUCAGAGCGAGCCUGUGUCCCAAGAUGCCAGGGCGACGGGCCACAAAAAGGAAGCAUUUACCAAGAAGCGCAAGGUCCUCACCCGCUCCCUGUCUGACUACACGGGCCCCCCUCAGCUGCAGGCCCUGAAAUGUAAGGACCCCGCUUCAAAGCAAGAGCACGAGUCACAGACUUCCAAAGCCGAAGGACCCCCCACGGAAGUUGGCGUGCUGGACACAAAGGUCUCUGUCGCCCAGCUCCGAAAUGCCUUUCUGGAGUCUGUCAAUGCCAGCAAGAAACGCGAACUCCAAUCCCGGGUUGAGAGGUCAGCCGAAGGAGUUGGCUUGCCUACCGGUGUGGAACGGGAGAGAGGGUCCCGGAAACCAAGACGCUAUUUUUCUCCCGGUGAAAAUAGAAAAACUUCCGAGAGAUUUAGAACUCAACCUAUAACCUCAGCAGAACGAAAGGAAUCAGAUAGGUCUGCGUCGCAUUCAGAAUUGCCAACUGCUGAGGAUGAAGAAAAGGUAGACGAACGAGCCAAGCUGAGUGUUGCUGCCAAGAGGCUGCUUUUCAGGGAAAUGGAGAAAUCAUUUGAUGAGAAAAACGUUCCAAAGAGACGCUCCAGAAACCCGGCCGUGGAGCAAAGGCUGCGGCGGCUGCAGGACAGAUCCCACACCCAGCCCGUCACCACCGAGGAAGUGGCCAUCGCAGCCACACUACAGGCAUCUGCUCACCACAAGGCUUUAGCCAGAGACCAGGCAAACGAGGCCAGAGAUUCUACCGAGCAAGGUGAACCUGACUCCUCCACUCUAAGCUUAGCAGAGAAGUUGGCCUUGUUUAACAAGUUGUCCCAGCCGGUCUCAAAAGCUAUUUCUACCCGAAACAGAAUAGACAUGAGACAGAGGAGAAUGAAUGCUCGCUACCAAACUCAGCCAGUCACGCUUGGAGAGGUAGAGCAGGUGCAAAGUGGAAAGCUCAUUCCUUUCUCACCGACUGUUAACACCUCUGUGUCCACCGUGGCAUCUACGGUCCCUCCAAUGUACGCUGGGGAUCUUCGGCCAAAGCCAUCUGUGGACGACGUCCCAGGUGCCACUGACUAUAGACUUCCGUCCUCAAUAGAAAAUUCAGAAUCUCCGGUUAGAAGCAUUCUGAAGUCCCAAGCCUGGCAGCCUUCAGCAGAGGGUAGUGGGAGCAGAGGAAUGUUGAGAGAGUUUGGAGAGACAGAAAGCAAGAGAGUCUUGACAGGUGGAGAUGGUGGCAAAGCGUACGGGUCCUGUGAGGAAGCAGAGCCAUCGUGCCCCACCCUUAACAGAGUCUGGGAAGGAGACAGCCAUAAGGAGCCCAAGGAUGCUGUUCCGAGAAGGGGAAGCCUGGAACUAGCUCAUCCCCCCGUGGCCCACCUUGGUGACGAACUGAAGGAAUUUUCCAUGGCUAAAAGCAUCGCACAGGGGAGGCCAGACUUGAGGGACAGGCAGCCCUUUGAAGAGAAGGUCGACGUGGAGAAUGUCCCAAGAAGGAAGUUUUCACUAAGAGCGGCUGACUUCGGGGAGCCCGCUUCCGAGCAGACGGGCACAGCUGCCGGGAAAACUGGUGCUCAGGCUGCAACCCCCGUGUCCCGGAAGCAGCAAGAGCCUUCCGAGCAAGCACUGGAGAGGUACUCCAAGAGUCCGGGUGCGAUGUUUGCUGCCGGAGAGAUCAAAGCGCCAGCCGUGGAGGGCAUCCUCGACUCAGCCAGCAAAACCAUGUCAAUUAAAGAAAGAUUAGCACUGUUGAGGAAAAGCGGUGAAGAGGAUUGGAAAAACAGACUUAGCAGAAAGCAGGAGUAUGGCAAAGCGUCUAUCGCCGGUGGCCUGCACAUACAAGAUACGGAACAGUCCCUCAAGAAGAAGCGGGUCACAGAAAGUCGGGAGAGCCAGAUGACUAUCGAAGAGAGGAAGCACCUCAUCACUGUGAGAGAAGAAGCCUGGAAGACCAAAGGCAAAGGAGCAGCCAACGACUCCACCCAGUUCACGGUGGCCGGCAGGAUGGUGAAGAAAGGUUUGGCAUCACCCACUGCCAUAACUCCAGUGGCAUCUCCUAUUUGCAAUAAAACGAGGGGCACCACGCCAGUGUCUAAACCCUUGGAAGAUAUCGAAGCCAGACCAGACAUGCAGUUGGAAUCGGACCUGAAGUUGGACAGACUGGAAACCUUUCUAAGAAGGCUGAAUAACAAAGUUGGUGGGAUGCAGGAAACUGUACUCACGGUCACCGGCAAAUCUGUUAAAGAGGUGAUGAAGUUGGACGAUGACGAAACCUUUGCCAGGUUUUACCGCAGCAUGGACUACACUCUACCGAGAAGCCCCGUGGAGCUGGACGAGGACUUCGAUGUCAUUUUCGACCCUUACGCCCCUAAGUUGACCUCCUCUGUGGCCGAGCACAAGCGCGCAGUAAGGCCCAAGCGCCGGGUUCAGGCUUCCAAAAAUCCCUUGAAAAUGCUGGCAGCCAGAGAAGAUCUCCUUCAGGAAUACACGGAGCAGAGAUUAAACGUUGCCUUCAUGGAGUCAAAGCGGAUGAAAGUAGAAAAGAUGUCCUCCAACUCCAACUUCUCAGAAGUCACCCUGGCAGGUUUAGCCAGUAAAGAAAACUUCAGCAACGUCAGCCUGCGGAGCGUCAACCUGACCGAACAGAAUUCCAACAACAGCGCGGUGCCCUACAAGAAGCUGAUGCUGUUACAGAUUAAAGGAAGAAGACACGUGCAGACACGACUGGUUGAACCUCGAGCUUCGUCGCUCAACAGCGGGGACUGCUUCCUCCUGCUCUCUCCCCAUCACUGCUUCCUGUGGGUAGGAGAGUUUGCAAAUGUCAUAGAAAAGGCAAAGGCCUCAGAACUUGCGGGCUUAAUUCAGACAAAGAGGGAACUUGGUUGUAGAGCUACUUAUAUCCAAACUAUCGAAGAAGGAAUUAAUACACACACUCAUGCAGCCAAAGACUUCUGGAAGCUUCUGGGUGGCCAAACCAGUUACCAGUCCGCCGGAGACCCAAAAGAAGACGAACUUUAUGAGACAGCCAUCAUUGAAACAAACUGCAUUUACCGUCUGAUGGAUGACAAACUUGUUCCUGAUGACGACUACUGGGGGAAAAUUCCAAAGUGCUCCCUUCUACAGUCAAAAGAGGUACUGGUGUUUGAUUUCGGUAGUGAAGUGUACGUGUGGCAUGGAAAAGAAGUCACGUUAGCACAACGGAAAAUAGCUUUCCAGCUGGCAAAGCAUUUAUGGAAUGGCACCUUUGAUUACGAGAACUGUGACAUCAACCCCCUGGACCCUGGAGAGUGCAAUCCGCUUAUUCCCAGAAAAGGACAGGGGCGGCCCGACUGGGCAAUAUUCGGGAGACUUACAGAACACAAUGAAACCAUUUUGUUCAAAGAGAAAUUUCUCGAUUGGACUGAACUGAAGAGACCUAAUGAGAAGAACGCCAGCGAACUUGCCCAGCAAAAGGAAGAUCCUCGGGCCGAAGCCAAGGCGUACGAUGUCGCGCGCAUGGUGCCGGUGCCCCAGACCACCACCAGCACGGUGCUGGACGGGGUGAACAUUGGCCGUGGCUAUGGCCUGGUAGAAGGGGACGACAGGAGGCAGUUUGAGAUCGCCAGUGUCUCUGUGGAUGUCUGGCACAUCCUAGAGUUUGACUACAGCCGGCUCCCCAAACAGAGCAUCGGGCAGUUCCACGAGGGAGAUGCCUAUGUGGUCAAGUGGAAGUACAUGGUGAGCACCGCAGUGGGAAGUCGACAAAAGGGAGAGCAUUCAGCAAGGGUGGCUGGCAAAGAGAAGUGUGUCUACUUCUUCUGGCAAGGUCGGCAGUCGACCGUGAGCGAGAAGGGCACGUCGGCUCUGAUGACGGUGGAGCUGGACGAGGAGAGGGGUGCCCAGGUCCAGGUCCUGCAGGGAAAGGAGCCCCCCUGCUUUCUGCAGUGUUUCCAGGGGGGAAUGGUAGUACACUCCGGGAGGCGGGAAGAGGAGGAAGAGAACGCGCAAAGUGAGUGGAGGCUGUACUGUGUGCGCGGAGAAGUGCCUGUGGAAGGGAAUUUGCUGGAAGUGGCCUGUCACUGUAGUAGCUUGAGGUCCAGGACUUCCAUGGUUGUCCUCAACGUAAAUAAAGCCCUCAUUUACUUGUGGCACGGAUGCAAAGCCCAAGCCCACACGAAGGAGGUCGGAAGGACCGCAGCAAAUAAAAUCAAAGAACAAUGUCCCCUGGAAGCUGGACUGCAUAGUAGCAGUAAAGUGACAAUACAUGAGUGUGAUGAAGGAUCAGAGCCGCUGGGAUUCUGGGAUGCUUUAGGAAGGAGAGACAGGAAAGCCUACGACUGCAUGCUUCAAGAUCCUGGAAAUUUUAACUUCACACCCCGCCUGUUCAUCCUCAGCAGUUCCUCUGGUGACUUCUCAGCCACAGAAUUCAUGUAUCCCGCCCGAGACCCCUCUGUGGUCAAUUCUAUGCCCUUCCUGCAGGAAGAUCUGUACAGCGCGCCACAGCCAGCACUCUUCCUUGUUGACAAUCACCAUGAGGUGUACCUCUGGCAGGGCUGGUGGCCCAUCGAGAACAAGAUCACGGGUUCCGCCCGCAUUCGCUGGGCCUCCGACCGGAAGAGUGCCAUGGAGACCGUGCUCCAGUACUGCAAAGGAAAAAAUAUCAAGAGGCCGCCCCCCAAGUCUUACCUUAUCCACGCUGGUCUGGAGCCCCUGACAUUCACCAAUAUGUUCCCCAGCUGGGAGCACAGAGAGGACAUUGCUGAAAUCACAGAAAUGGAUACGGAAGUUUCGAAUCAGAUCACCCUUGUGGAAGAUGUCUUAGCCAAGCUUUGUAAAACCAUUUAUCCGCUGGCCGAUCUGCUAGCCAGGCCACUGCCCGAGGGAGUUGAUCCUCUGAAGCUUGAGAUUUAUCUCACUGACGAAGACUUUGAGUUUGCACUAGACAUGACCAGAGAAGAAUACAACGCACUGCCCGCCUGGAAGCAGGUGAACCUGAAGAAAGCAAAAGGUCUGUUCUGAGCGGGAGAGAUGGCUAGAAGAAUCUGUCGUCACUUUCGAUACCCUUGGACCAGGAAAAUGGCAAAUUUUUUUUUUUU